GAACAGAUUAUGCUCCGUCCUCCGUCCAUUGCUGGGGAGUUCGAAGCCCCAGGUAAACUGCUCCUUAACUUGGUCUGCAUGCCAAGCCGAGUGGCCCAAGCUUGUAGAUAGCCUAACAUAACUGCUGCCGCGUGAGAGGUUCAGAGAAACCACGGGCGGCAAUGCGUCACGCGUGUUAAAAUCCUGCUUCCGUGCCUAUCGGUUGGAAAUCCGAAGGGGGGAAAAGAAAUGCAUUGACUAAACCACGGCGGUGCCCAAAGCGGGAACGGAUGCUGAAUUUGUCCUGUUAACUCCCGAUAGCCUUGUCGCGAAGUCUCACAAUCUGAUCUAGAUCGAUUCGUCGAAAAGAUUUACCUAGCUUUCGGGAAGAGACACACGGAAAAGAAGCGACAAAGGAAGAACAACGAAGCAGCUCAUCUGCAGCCAUGCCUCGAGUACCCCAGUCCUCUGAUUUCCCGUCCUCCUUAACCGUAUCCAUCAUUCCUCCCGCUUCCCAAGCGAGCAGCAGCACAAACAUCCUUCUCAUCCUUCACGGUCUCGGCGACACUAUCAACCCAUACAACUCCUUUGCCUCAGCCUUACAUCUCCCGGAAACGACCUGUAUAACUCUCCAAGCGCCUACCCAGCUCCCGUUCUUGCUCACGGGCUACCACUGGGGCGACGAUCUCGUAUUUGAAGGUGACACAAUCGAUCCGGAUCCGGGCUUCACACGUGCCAGUCGCCUAAUCGUGCAUGAGCUUAUAGUCAACGUGUUGAUUGAAAAAUUGGGGUACAAGGCGAGGGAGAUUCUGAUCCUUGGAUACGCACAGGGUGCCGCGGUGGGGCUUGCCGCGGCCAUGGAGUUGAAUCGCCUGGAGAAAGCGGAAUAUAGAGAACUUGGAGGCGUUGUGGCUCUGGGAGGGGUUGUUCCUCUUUCCGCUGUAAAGGAGGAUGGCAGAAGAGGCAAGUCAGGGACUCCUGUGCUGCUAGUCGGCGGAAGGGGCCCAGAGAGCGCGGUGACAGACGGAGGGACGGGUCGGACGAAAGGGGAGUUUGACUUCGUGGAGCUGGUACGGUGGCAGCGGAGAGGAGACGGAAUGCCGGGAAAUAGAGAGGAAAUGCUGCCUGUGAUGCAGUUCCUCUCUCGAAGGCUGCGGAGUAGAAGUGGUGUCCUUGAGGGCAGCGUCGAGCUCACUUGAAUACCCUUCCAGCCGAAUAUUGACGACGGCUGGAGCGAAUUAACGAAUGAAUGGAUGAAAGUUCUGACUCCAGAAAAUGGGUAUACAUUUCAACGUAGAAUACAUAAGAGUUCUAUUUUACA